AUGGACUAUACUCCAAAAUUUCCUCGGUACAACACCGCGGUCAAAGACAGCUUUGCGUACGACACUGCCAUUCGUCGCUGGCCUUCUAUCCUUACACAGGCCGUCGAUUCCACAUACCGGCGCUGUCAUGAGCUGGCGACGCAAGGUGCGCACAAUGCACACGUCGAGGAAGCCAAGUCGAUUAUCGAGAAAAUUGGCGAGCUGAAACACGACUUAAUGCACGAUAAGCCGCUUGUUAAACUUCAUGUGUCACCUGAGAAUGCUCCACACUUGGACGGAACCAAGUACCGUGUUCCAUCUACCACGGAAUACGACACGGAAAUACAGAGUUGCAAUCCGUCCUGGAUGCAAUCCGAAUGGCUCUUUGCCGAAUGCUAUUUGUACCGACGCCUGCGCAGACUAUUUGAAACAUCAAUGCACUGGCAAGGUUUUGAUCCAUUUUUCCAAACCAAACUUAACACGUUCCGCGCGUCUGGCCAAGGGAUUCAAGCGUGUGCGACAAUGAUGGAAGAGAUGCUGGUCAAGUCCCCAACGCACUCUGCGCACGACCCUGCUUCUCAGUUUUUGUUUGACGAAAUUGUAUCGUCGUCUUUGUGGGGCAAUGCCACGGAUCUGAGCUUGCUCACGAAUCUAGACUAUGCAGAUCUGCAGAAACUGCAGGCGACCACUGCCGAGCAGCGCGCUGAGAAUGCGAAGCGCAUUAUUGUAAACGAUAUGGACACUACAUGGAAUGCAGUGCGCUUGAUGGAAAAUGGUCGUGUGGAUAUUGUUUUGGACAAUGCCGGUUUCGAGCUCAUUACCGAUAUGCUCCUCGCCGACUGGCUGCUCACACUCCGAGGCACAAUCCCAAGGCCGACGACGGAGCGCGCAGCUGCGAUCCAGAUUUACAUUGAGGCCGUUCGUGAGCGGAUUAGCACUGCUGCACGCAAAGUCAGCGUUAAAGCGCCGCAGUUGUUGGCUGUGUCUAAGCUGCAACCUGCAUCGGAUGUGAUGGCUGCAUACGAGCAAACGGCGCAGCGUCACUUUGGAGAAAACUAUGCGCAGGAGCUUGUCGAGAAAGCCAGUGUGCUUCCUUUGGAUAUACAAUGGCACCUGAUUGGCGGCCUGCAAAGCAACAAAGCCAAGAUCCUGGCAUCGGUGCCGAACCUGUAUGCCGUCGAAUCCAUCGCCUCGGCAAAACUUGCGACGAGCUUGGAAAAAACACUCGCGCGUCCUGAAAAUGCGAUGCGCCGCAAAGCGCCGUUGUAUGUUUAUGUCCAGGUGAAUACGAGCGCUGAGGCGGAAAAAAGCGGUGUGCCCGCACUCACUGCGCCGUGGCAGGAGGGGGAUCAAGAGCCGCCGUUGGUAGCGCUUGUGCAACAUAUACUCCUUGAAUGUCCUCAUCUGCGCCUUGUGGGGCUGAUGACGAUUGGAGCGCUGGCCAACAGUAAACAGGCCCGUGAAGGGGAGAAUCCUGACUUUGAGGCGCUGGUUGCGUCGCGCAAGCAUUUGCUUGCGUCGCUCAAGAACAAUGGAGCGAUGCGUGCGCGCUUUGCUGAGCCUAAUUGGUGGACACCAACCGGAAAUCAAGCCAAUGUAUACGAUACUUUGUUGCACGGGGUGGAAGACGCAGCGCUACAACUGAGUAUGGGCAUGUCAGCCGACUUGGAGGCUGCCGUUGCGUAUGGCAGCAACCAAGUGCGGAUUGGGAGCGACUGCUUUGGCUCGCGCGGCCCCAAACACGACGCUGAUGCAGAGCGUGAGGAGGAGCUGCGCAAGGUCAAUCAAGUUCCACUCGUGAAGGAGGUUGUAUUCCAUACCAAGAACAUGCCGUGGUUUGUGAGCGAUACGUGUGUACCCGACGUAUGGUACACACUGGACAAACUGCAGGAUCCAGCCUUUUUUGCAGAGCAGCAGUUGCCCUCGUUGCAGCAUAUCCAGGCGAUGGCGGCGCGCUGGAAAAGGCACUUUUCUACCGGUGCAUUUCGCCUUGCCAUGCCGCACGACGCACCGCUCGGCGCGGAUGCAGGCCCGCUGGGCGAUUUUUGGACACAGCCUGCAAGCUACGGACACCUGCCUGCGCUUGCGCCGGCACUUUUGCAAGACUUGCAAAUGUCGGGGCUCGUCAUCUUUAAGGGCGAUUUGAACUACAGGAAGCUGACACAGGACGCAGCGUGGCCGCCCGUGACAUCGUUUUCCACGGCACUUGGGCCUCUCUACGGCCGCAUUCCGCUUGUAGCGUUGCGUACUUGCAAAGCCGACGUCUGUGUUGGUCUCGCGCCUGGCCAAGCCGAGGCGCUCAGCCAGCGCGACCCUGCGUGGCGGACCAAUGGGCACUGGGCACUUAUUCAAUUUGCGGGCCGAAAUGAGAUUCUGCAGGUAGAUGCGAUGUAG